AUGAUUUAAGAGAGAUAAGGGCUUGAAGAGGACCCUCUUCUCUUCUCUCUUUCCAAUUUUGAAGAACUGAAAAUUUUCUAUCUGAUUUUUGCAGAGAAAUUUCUCAAAGGAAAAAACAAACACGCUUUAGAAAGAGAAAACAAAUUGAAAAUUGAUUACUUCUAACAUGCAAUAGAUUUUAUUUAUAGAAAAUGAGAGAGAAAAAAAAAAUUAGUUGAAGAGAAGAUUCUUGUUCAAUUUCAGAAUUUGUUCAUCAAUUCGUCUGUUUCUGAUUUUGAUUAACACUGAGAUGAAAUAUGUUGUUUUUUGUGGAUUUAUAGUUGGUUGAAGUGAAUGGAUUGCGAUCUGGAAUUGGUGUGCUUUGUUUUGUUGAUGUUUCUGUGUGUUGAUUGAAACGGUUAUGCUUCGAUGUUUUUGAUGGGUGUUGAAAAAAUGGAAUUUUGAUUUGAAUUGAGUUUGAUGAACUGUGUUUGGGCAGGUUGUUGGUUUUGCUGUGGUGGAUUGGAGUUUGAGGGAAUAUUUUGGAGAGAGAUGUUGGAGGGUCGUUCCUGUGUUGUUCCGAGGUUGUUUUGUAGCAGUUGUGAAACGGAGAACGAUUGGUCUUACAUGAAGUAUAUGUUGGAUUUGGAUAUCAAAAAUGGGAAGAGACCGAUGGAAAUUGAUGCUGCUGAGGAUGAGGAUGAGCAUCAUCCUAAGAAGUGUACUAAGAUGUUGGAAUCUUGUCAUAUAGUUGAAACGGUUCGUCUUUCGUUUCAGCAGAAUAAGGAUUCUGUUCUUCCUGGAAUAGAUCAGGAAAUUGCUGAGCCUGUGGAUGUUUGUCAUGGGGUUUGUGCUGGUGAUUCAAUGGAUUCAUUGGAUUCUGGUAGUCAGCAAUCUGAUGAGGAGCAGCAGGCUGGAGAUUCGUCGGAUUCUGGUUCACUUUUGCCGCGGAUGAACCGAGACAGCUCGAUUGCUUGUCUUAGCCGAUGUUCGAGGUCUGAUUAUGGUUCGCUUGCUUCUCUUAAUAGGAGCUUUCGUAACAUAAUCCGAAGUGGCGAGCUCUAUACAUGGAGGAGACUAAAUGGUAUCAUGGAACAUUGGGUUUAUUUCUCAUGUGCUCUCCUUGAAUGGGAAGCCUAUGAUCCGAUUCGUCAAAGAUGGAUGCAUUUGCCGAGGAUGGCUUCGAAUGAAUGCUUCAUGUGUUCUGAUAAGGAAUCUUUAGCUGUAGGAACUGAACUUCUUGUGUUUGGGAGGGAGCUAAGAUCUCAUGUGAUUUAUCGAUACAGUCUUUUGACUAACUCGUGGUCAUCAGGAAUGAGAAUGAAUGCCCCAAGAUGUUUGUUCGGGUCUGCAAGCCUCGGUGAGAUUGCAAUAUUAGCAGGUGGUUGUGAUUCUGAAGGACGUAUACUUGACUCGGCCGAACUAUACAACUCGGAGGCGCAAACAUGGGAGCUACUCCCGAGUAUGAAAAAACCAAGGAAGAUGUGUUCUGGUGUAUUUAUGGAUGGAAAAUUUUAUGUUAUAGGUGGAAUUGGCGGACGCGAUUCCAAGCUUCUUACUUGCGGGGAGGAGUACAAUUUACAGACUAGAACAUGGACGGAGAUUCCGAACAUGUCACCCGGACGAAGUAGUAGGGGUUCCGAUAUGCCUGCUACAACCGAGGCACCGCCUCUUGUUGCCGUUGUAAAUAAUGAAUUGUAUGCUGCUGAUUAUGCUGACAUGGAAGUUAAAAAGUAUGAGAAGGAAAGAAAACUGUGGAAUACCAUUGGGAGACUUCCGGAACGAGCCGUUUCGAUGAACGGCUGGGGUCUUGCAUUUAGAGCAUGUGGAAAUAGGCUUAUUGUUAUUGGUGGACCAAGGACUCACGGUGAGGGUUUCAUUGAGCUCAAUUCUUGGGUGCCUAGUGAAGGACCUCCACAAUGGCGUUUACUCGAUCGAAAACAACGAUCCGGUAACUUUGUUUAUAAUUGCGCUGUGAUGGGUUGUUGAACCACUGAAUGAUACAAAAACUACACAUCAUGAAGCAACUAUCAUUCAUCAUCACUGGAUUCUUGCUAAUUGGUACUACUUUCCCCAUUCUUUCCAUGAUAUUUUCGUUUCGAAUGCGGGGAUGAGGUUAAGAUAUUAAUCAAGAUUAGGCAGAAGCACUUCAGUCUUUUAAUCUUAUUAUGUUCACAAUUUAAUUCACUUUUUUUUUUCCUUCCAUUGAAAAAUUUGUACCAUCACCCCAUUUUCAUUGACAAGAUUUUUCAAAGCUUGGUAUCAUAUCAUCAUGUAGCAAAAGAAAAUAGGUCAAAUAAUUGAAGUUCCAACACAGAUUUAGUAGGUUACUGGUGUUUGUUUGUUUUAAUUUAAGCUUCUCUUGAAGGAAUGAAAUAAUUCUCUUGAUUA